UUCAUCAAAAUCAAGCAGUUACUACUAAAUAAUAUCGACAAAUUUGUCAACAACAAAGAAGUGAAGCGAUUCACAAGAAAAAUAUAUAGUCAAAGAGAGCAGAACGAAAUAUUCAAAAUGAUCAAUAUCAUAAUCGAAAAGGAGAAGAUCUUAGAUAAAAUGGCUACACUGGAACAAAUGAACGAUCUGUAUUAUGCAUGUCAGAUGACAUAUGAGGAGAUGACCAAAGUGAAUAAGGUGCAAAACAAUUGGGAAACGAACAUCAAAAACAAAGUGCAGAAGCUGGAAGACAAGAUGAAAGCAAUUGAUAAUUUCCUAACAACUAAGGAAGUAUCCGCCAAAGUGAAACGAAUUCUUCAAAAUAGAGGAUGUCAUUCUAAUAAUACAGGACGGGUGAAAAUAAUCAGAGAUGAAAUCAGUGAAAAAAUCGCAUCUCAUAAAAGAAGAUUGGACGUAAACAAUAAUCGAAUAAAAUUUCAUAUUGACAACGAACGAUUCGAAUUCAAUAGAAAAAGAUUUUAUAGAGGGAUUGAUGAGCAACAACGAAAAGUUAGUGAAAACGUCAACCAAACAGAAGUGCUUGAGUUUUGGCAACAAAUGUGGUCUAAGUCCGAUCAGGAUGAAAAUGAAUUUGACGAUAUCGUGGGAACACUGGACCCUGUACAAUUACAGGUUGAAGUCGAUGACGAUAGGCAAAGAGAGAUAAUCAUGGCAACGAUCAAGUACCUGGCUAAUUGGAAAACGCCAGGACAUGACAUGGUGUAUAAUUUCUUCAUCAAAAAGAUCGAUUCAACUCAUCAAAAGUUAAGUGACUUAAUUAUAGAUGCAAUUAAAAAUCCGGAAAAAAUCCAUCAAACCUUCUAUGAAGGCACCACAUAUCUUAUUCCGAAAAAGAAGGAAUCAGCUAAGCCUGAGGAAUUUAGACCAAUAACGUGUCUCCCAAAUAUGUACAAGUUAAUCAGCAAAAUUGUGACUAAGAUCAUCACCGACAUCCUGGAUACCAACCAGGUGAUUUCGCCAAAUCAAUUGGGCACCAAAAGAGGAACGCAGGGUGCCAAAGAACAGGCUCUCAUCAAUAAAACAAUCAAUAGCUCCAACAAUUAUCAAUUGUUCACGUCAUGGAUCGAUGUAAAGAAGGCUUACGAUUCGGUAUCUCAUGUAUAUCUGAUCGAGUGCUUACAACAACUAAAUCUGCCAACAAAUCUGGUCAAUUUUGUCCAGAGAAUGCUAUGUAAUCAAAGAACUAAACUUAUCGUUAAUGGGAAUUCGAUUGGAAGUGCCGCUAUUGACAAGGGCAUACUACAAGGUGACUCCUUAUCACCAAAAUUAUUCGUGCUGGCUUUGGAGCCAUUGUCAAGAAUUUUGAAUAGGAAAUGUGAAAAAAUAAGUGUGAGAGAUACCGAAUUGAAACGAAAUCACAUAUUGUUUAUAGAUGACAUCAAAUUAUUUGCAAAAAAUCGUGAUGCGUUGAAUGAAAUAUGUAAGGAAACACGUGAAUGGCUAAACCAGAUUGGAUUGAAAACGAAUGAAGAAAAAUCAGCGUCAAAUACCAUCGACGAGUUUACCUUUGGUCAAAUCCCUGAUGAGAUGAAGGGAUAUAAAUACUUGGGCGUGUGGGAAGACAAGAACAGUUUUAUUAAGAGUGAGAACAAAAUUAUGAUCAGAAACAAAAUUAUGGAUAGAGUGAUUAAAUUGGCUGAUACGAAAUUAAGUGCUAGAAAUUUGUUCAAGGCAAUUAAUGAGUUCGCCAUAUCUACGAUAAAUUACUAUAUUGGAAUAAUCGAAUUCGAACCGGAAGAAAUCAAAAAUAUCGAUAGCGAUAUUCGUAAGAUCUUGGUAGAUAAAAAAAUAUCGCGAAAGGCGGCAAAUGUCGAUAGAUUAUAUCUGCCACGUAAACAAUUGGGUAGAGGACUAUUCAACAUUGAAGAAAGAUCAGAGACGAUGUUGGUAAGUCUCCACGAAUAUUUGUCCACGAGAAGUGAUCUGACACCAGUUUUGGAUUCUGAGAAGGAGAACGUAACACAUCUAGCAACGAUAAAUCAGUAUAUCCAACAAAAAUAUUGCUUAGAACCAAAUGCACAAAUUUCGACAGUAGAUCUCAUCAAGCUGCAGAGUGAGAAAAGAAUAAACAAAAUCAAAGAAAAAACUUUGCACGGAGUCCUGUUUGAAAAUGAGGAAGAAGUGAUUGAUAUUGCUGGUUCUACUAUUUGGCUGACGAAAGGGAUGAUAUCCCCACAAGAAGAGGGUAUGCUCACAAAAGUUCAGGAUAGGAAUUUGUUCUUUGCCAAUCAACAGUGUAAUCAUUGUGGUAAGGCUAAGAAAUCGGUGGAUCAUCUGGCAACGAAAUGCGGACGAAUCCUUGAUACUGAUUAUAAACGACGUCAUAAUGAAAUAGUUAGAUGUCUUCAUUUUAUGUUCACUAAACGAUAUGGUCUGAGUCGUCGAAAUAAAUUAAAGAACUACAAAGUGGAAAAUGUUUUGUCUAAUGAAAGGGUAUUAAUCAAAUCUGAUUUACCAAUUCAAACUCAAUUACGGAUCGAGAACAACAAACCAGAUCUAAUGGUGUUCGAUAAGAAGAAGAAAGAGAUAAUCCUGGUAGAAGUUGGGGUAACCAACAAAGAUAGGCUGAAAACGACUGAAACGACAAAAGCCAGAAAAUAUGAAAUAUUGGCUAACGAACUGGCGAUUAUGUAUGGCGCUAAAGUGGUUCAAAUUCCUGUGGUUCUGACCUGGGACGGAUUAGUCACCCGUUACUUCAAGAAGUACAUGGAAAUGUUACAGGUGGAUCAAAGAACACAGGCAUAUAUCCAAUACAAGACGAUUAAAAAGACCGCUGAAAGUAUCUUGAUUGAUUUGAGGGGUGGACUUGAAGAAGUGGUUCAUGAUGAUGAGAUGGAGAAGUUACUUGAGUUGUUGGAGCGAGAAUAACGAAGAACAGAGGAGCUGGUUUGAGUAACUAUUGAAAUGAAAUGAAAAAUUUUUUGUCGUUGUUUUUGA